AUGCCCGGGAAUAUCUUCCUGCGGCUUCUGAAACUUACAAUUCUGCCGCUCAUAUCUUCUAAUUUACUCCUGGUCGUUGCGGGUUUGGAUCCGAAGAAGAACGGAAGGCUUGGAAUCAUCGGCAUUUCUUAUGUCAUUAUUCUAAACCUCGUCAGCGCAAUCAUUGGAACCGCAUGCGCAGCGUUAGUGAGACCCGGUAGGUUCUUUUAUUUCAUAUAUAAAAGUAAAUGA